UCCCUGGACGCCUUGGAAUCGCAGCUCAAGCAUCCGGCUGCUUUCCAGCCCAGGCUAGGUCGCCCCGGCAACCAGAGGCCCAGCCAAUCAGCGUUCGGGAGGCAGGACUCUGCGGCGGCGCUCUGUGGAAGCCAUGGCGGCCAUCAGGAAAGCACUCAUCAUACUGGCUCACUCAGAGAGGACGUCCUUCAACUACGCCAUGAAGGAGGCUGCUGUAGAGGCUCUGAAGAGGAAAGGAUGGGAGGUGGCCGAGUCCGACCUCUACGCCAUGAACUUCAAUCCCCUCAUUUCCAGGAAGGACAUCACAGGUACGCUGAAGGACCCUGAGAACUUUCAGUAUGCUGCCGAGACCGCUCUAGCUUAUGAAGAAAGCCGCCUGAGCCCAGAUAUUGUGGCUGAGCAAAAGAAGGUGGAAGCUGCAGACCUUGUGAUAUUUCAGUUCCCACUGCAGUGGUUUGGAGUCCCUGCCAUUCUGAAAGGCUGGUUUGAUCGAGUGCUCACAGGAGGGUUUGCCUACACCUAUGCUGCCAUGUAUGACAAGGGCCCUUUCCAGAACAAGAAGGCUGUGCUUUCCAUCACCACCGGUGGCAGUGGCUCCAUGUACUCACUGCAGGGCGUCCAUGGGGACAUGAAUAUUAUCCUCUGGCCAAUUCAGAGCGGCACUCUGCACUUUUGUGGCUUUCAAGUCUUAGAACCUCAGCUGACAUACAGCAUUGGGCACACUCCACCAGAUGUCCGAACUCAAAUCCUAGAAGGAUGGAAGAAACGCCUGGAGAGUAUUUGGGACGAGACGCCACUGUAUUUUGCUCCAAGCAGCCUCUUUGACUUAAACUUCCAGGCAGGAUUCUUACUGAAAAAGGAGAUACAAGAUGAGCAGAAAAACAAGAAAUUUGGCCUUUCUGUGGGCCACCAUUUGGGCAAGCCUAUUCCCACUGACAACCAGAUCAAAGCCAGAAAAUAAGAUGGACUUGCAUUUCUAACACACAAAUCGAGGAAUUUUUUCAGCUUCCUUCACUUGCUUUGAAGAUUGUUUUCCCCUCAAGAAAUGAAUAGAAGGAACAGACUGCAUUUGUAUAUUUUUAGAAAGUCUUACUAUUAAAUGUUAUUCUUACUAUUGAUGCCUUGAUGUAUAGCCAAAAUCUGGGUGCCAGAGACCAACUGGGAUAUAAAGCAGGCAGAAGUGUUUCCAGAAAGAUGCUAUAAAAUAUUUGUUAAGGUCAUCUACACAAUUUAAUUUCUUCUGUUAGGGCUAAGUUUUUAAGGCUUUGGCUAGACAGUAUUUUAACUCUCCAAUGAUCUAUUUUAAUUACGUCUGUAUGGUUUAUGGCAGAAGGGAAUUGCUUAGAGAAAAAAGUGACUGGCUCUCUUCUUAAGGGACAUAACUUGUUAGUAGUAGCUCACUGUUCAUUUAUGAUGGAUACUGAUUUCAGUUACCACACAGUAACAAACAUGCUCCACAUGAUAUUACUCUCCCUUCACCGUAUUUGUUAUGUACAGUACAAAUGCAUUGAACUAAUAAAAGUCUCUUCUUUAAGCUCA